AUGAAGCUCGUCAGAUUCUUGAUGAAGCUGAACAACGAGACGGUGACCAUCGAGCUCAAGAAUGGUACCACCGUCCACGGCACCAUCAUUGGCGUCGACAUCAGCAUGAAUACUCAUCUGAAGACUGUCAAGCUCACAUUGAAAGGGAAGAAUCCUGUUACCCUUGACCACCUUAGUGUGAGGGGAAACAACAUUCGAUAUUACAUCCUUCCUGACAGCUUAAACCUGGAGACGUUGCUGGUUGAGGAAACACCAAGGGGAAACCUAUGGGUCGUGGGCGCGGCCGUGGUCGUGGGCGCGGUCGUGGCAGGGGGCGCUGAGCUAUGUUAUACCUUGGAAAUUUUGCACUGCAUGCUUGUGUGCAGUGUAAUCUGGUUUCUUACUUGUACGGAGCAAUAUUCUUAUUAG